AUGAUUUUGGAUACGAGAGCACUGCGCCAUUUGGCUGCGGAGGACUGGCGAGUUCUAACUGCCGUCGAGCUGGGUAGCAAAAACCACGAAAUCGUACCGACAGCACUUAUCGAACGGAUUGCGCGACUGCGCGGCGGUGCAAGCGGCGUUCACAGGAGUAUAUCCGCGCUCGCCAAAGUCGGCCUCAUUGGCCGCGUCAAGGAAGCCAAAUACGAUGGGUACCGGUUGACGUAUGGCGGCCUCGACUAUCUCGCCCUGCAUACGUACUCGAGCAAAAAGGUUGUAUACAGUGUCGGUAGCAGAAUCGGUGUCGGCAAAGAAAGCGACAUCAUGGUGGUCGCGGACCACACCGGCAAGCAGCUGGUCCUCAAGAUCCACCGACUAGGUCGCAUCUCGUUCCGCACGGUCAAAUCAAACCGCGACUACCUCCGCAACAAAUCCUCUGGCUCCUGGAUGUACCUAUCGAGGCUUGCUGCCAUGAAGGAAUAUGCCUUCAUGCAGGCUCUGCGCGAAGAAGGGUUUCCCGUACCGGAGCCACUUGGCCAGACGCGCCACACCAUUGUCAUGUCGCUCAUCGACGCCCACCCUCUACGACAAAUAUCAGAUGUGCCGGAUCCUGCAACACUUUAUGGGGAGUUGAUUUCUCUCAUUCUACGUCUUGCCCAGCAUGGUCUCAUUCAUGGAGAUUUCAACGAAUUUAACAUCCUAAUUAAGGAGAAUAAAACGACCAAUGAAGCGGGGGAGGAAACGAUUACUCUGGAGCCAAUAGUCAUUGACUUCCCGCAGAUGGUUUCUAUGGAGCAUCAGAAUGCUGAAAUGUAUUUUGAUCGCGACGUAAACUGUAUCAAGCGAUUUUUCCAGCGUCGCUUCCACUUUACAAGCACACAGCCUGGGCCUUUCUUCAAGAACGCCAAAAAGACGGUUGGAAGAGGCGGCAAGACAAGGCUGGAUGCGACGGUGGAGGCAUCGGGCUUCACUAAAAAGAUGUUGAAAGAUUUGGAAGCAGCCAUCAGAGAAAAAGGAGAAACAAGAACGGACCAGAAAUCGGCCGACGAAGACGAAGAAGAUGAGGAAGAAAGCGAAUCAGACGAGUGUGAUUCUGGUGAUGAGUCUGGCCCUGUCGUCAUUGGAGGAGUUGAUGCAACAGAUGCAGUUGAAGAGGUCAAUGACAGUGUGGCCGAGCUCAAAGUAUAA